AACAUAUGAUUUUCAUUUUAAAUUAUUUUAAUAUUUUUUCUCACUGCUGUUCAUGAUUCCCACAAGAUCGAAUUCAACUUGUUUAUUUCCUUCUUUCUUAUAGAAUUUAGGGCCGCAUCCAUUAAUCUCAUCACCAAACCCUCUUUUAACCUUUUUCAUGUUUUUACCUGUUCUUGCUUUUCUCAUACCCAUAUUUCUCACUUUUGUUGUUUUCCCUUUUACUGGAUGGAUGAAACUUGCCUCCCACUAUGGAUAAGAACACUUCACUGGCAAACAAGCCGAACCUCUUUUCAUUUUUAGUUUACCAUUCUUGAAUUCUCUCCUUCCUCUUCUUUUUAUAUUUUUCUGUUGGGUGUUGCUUAGAUAUGGAUUUUUAGUCCCUCUUCCGCGAAACCUUAGCUUUAAGAACAAUGGCUAAGGCAUUGUUGUUGGUUAUUUUCAUCUGGGUACUUCUUAUCGGUUUUGUUUCCUGCCAAAGGCCUAAAUUUGUCAAUAUUGGUGCAGUUUUUACUUUUGAUUCGGUUAUUGGUAGAGCUGCAAGGCCAGCAAUAGAGGCUGCAGUGUCUGAUAUUAAUAGGGAUACAAGAAUUCUCAAUGGGACAGAGCUGAGGCUGUUUACGCAAGAUGCUAAGUGUAAUGUCUUCUUGGGUUCUAUUGGAGCUUUUCAGAUACUUGAGAAACAAGUAGUGGCCAUAAUUGGUCCGCAAUCCUCUGGAAUAGCUCAUAUGAUUUCUGAAAUUGCAAAUGGUCUCCAAGUGCCCCUUGUUUCAUAUGCUGCUACUGAUCCCACUCUAUCUGCCCUUCAGUUCCCCUUUUUUCUGAGAACCACACAAAGUGACUCGAAUCAGAUGGCUGCCAUGGCUGAUUUGAUUGAUUUUUAUGGUUGGAAACAGGUCAUUGCAAUAUAUGUGGAUGAUGAUGCUGGGAGGAAUGGGGUAGCUGCUUUGGAUGAUCAACUGAAAGAAAAUGGCAAAAUAUAUAAAAUGAAGUUGUCUGUCAAUUUUGAUGAAAGUGAGAUAAUGGAUUUGCUUAAGCAAUCCAAACUGCUUGGUCCUCGUGUUUAUGUUGUUCAUGUUAAUCCAGACCCCAGAUUGAGAAUCUUUACCAGUGUCCAAAAACUUCAAAUGAUGAAUGACAAUUAUGUUUGGCUUGCAACAGAUUGGCUUUCAACUACAAUAGAUUCAUUCUCUCAGAUGAAUCAAACUUCACUUGGUGCUCUUCAAGGAGUGGUUGGGCUUCGUCAACAUAUUCCAGAGUCUAGCGAGAAGAAAUCUUUUCUGUCUCGAUGGAGAGUAAUGCAGCAGAAGGGUUCUGCAAGUUCUGAGCUGAAUACCUAUGGGCUUCAGGCCUAUGAUACAGUUUGGGCAGUUGCUUAUGCAAUUGAUAGGUUCAUUUAUGAAUUCAGGAAUAUUACAUUUUCUUCCAAUGACAAGCUAAAUGGCAUGAAAACAUCAGAAUUACGGCUGGACCAGCUCAAAGUCUUUAACAAUGGAAGUAAUCUACGUAACAAAAUAUUGCAGACGAACUUCACUGGUUUAAGUGGUCACAUUCAAUUUAAUCAUGACCAGAACAUUGAGAGUGGUGGUUAUGAUGUCAUUAAUAUUGAGCAUGUGUCCAUUCAUAUAGUUGGUUAUUGGUCUAAUGUCUCAGGUUUCUCACUUUUACCUCCAGAGACUCACCAAGGGGAUCAAACUAACAGUUCUCGUGUGGAUCAGAAGCUUCAAAAGAUUACUUGGCCUGGUGGAAAGAUUGAAAGGCCACGUGGUUGGGUAAUUGCUGACAAUGAAAGACCAUUGAGAAUUGGAGUGCCAUACAGAGCUAGUUUUGUUGAUUUUGCUACCAAAGUAAACAAGAGCCACAAAAUCGAGGGAUAUUGUAUAGAUGUGUUCCUUGAAGCAAGGAAACUAGUUCCUUAUGACGUACCUUACAGGUUUGAGCUUUUUGGGAAUGGUCGGUUCAAUCCCAAUUAUAAUGAGCUCAUACGGAUGGUGGCAGCAGAUGUGUUUGAUGCAGCUGUUGGAGACAUUGCAAUUGUAACAAACCGGACAAAGAUAGUGGAUUUUUCUCAGCCUUAUGCUGCUACUGGUCUUGUCAUUGUGGCUCCAGUCAGGAAUUCAAAAUCAAGUGCUUGGGUGUUUCUUAAACCAUUCACCGUGGAGAUGUGGUGUGUCACAGCAGCAUCUUUUGUAAUGAUUGCCGUGGUUAUUUGGGUUCUUGAACAUCGAGUUAAUGAUGAUUUCAGGGGUCCUCCUAGAAAGCAGAUUGUGACAAUGUUCAUGUUCAGCUUCUCAACACUAUUCAAGGCAAAUCAAGAAACUACCGUAAGUCCACUUGGACGCAUGGUGAUGGUAAUAUGGCUUUUCUUAUUGAUGGUCAUAACUGCAAGCUAUACAGCAAGUUUGACUUCUAUUCUUACUGUUCAGCAGCUUUCAUCACCCAUUACUGGUAUUGAAAGCUUGAUUGCAAGUAAUUGGCCUAUCGGAUACCAAGUAGGGUCAUUUGCCUAUGGCUACCUAUCUGAAAGUCUUUAUAUACCUCCUUCUAGACUUGUUUCUCUUAAGUCCCCAGUGGAGUAUGAAAAAGCAUUGAGGCUAGGCCCAAAUAACGGUGGUGUGGCUGCAAUAGUAGAUGAGCUUCCAUAUGUAGAGCUUUUUCUCACAAACCAAAGUGAAUUUGGGAUCAUUGGGCAACCAUUUACCAGGGUGGAUGGGGAUUUGUAAGUACCUUCCUUUACA